AUGGCGUGGUGUGACCGAGGGGUCCAGACGCUACUCGCCAUCGUGGGCGCGUUCGCAGCGUUCAGCCUCAUGAGCAUCGCCAUCGGAACCGACUACUGGCUGUACUCGCGCGCCUACAUCUGCAACGCCACCAACGUGACCACAGACGAGACCCAGAUGCAAACCAAGAAAGUGAAAGGAGAUCUUACGCACUCGGGGCUUUGGAGGAUCUGCUGUAUAGAAGGUAUCAACAAAGGCAGCUGCUUCCGGAUCAACCAUUUUCCAGAGGACAAUGACUAUGACACGGACAGCUCGGAGUACAUCUUACGAAUCGUGCGGGCCUCCAGUCUGUUCCCCAUCCUCAGCACCAUCCUCCUGAUGUUGGGGGGUCUGUGUGUGGCGGUGGGACGCAUCUACAGCAGACGAAAUAACAUCCUCCUCAGCGCUGGCAUCCUCUUUGUUGCUGCAGGUCUGAGUAACAUCAUUGGCAUCAUCGUUUACAUCUCCAGUAACGCCGGCGACCCCAGCGACAAGAAGGACGAGGACAAGAAGAACCAGUACAACUACGGCUGGUCUUUUUACUUCGGGGCCCUUUCCUUCAUAGUGGCCGAGUCUGUGGGAGUGCUGGCGGUCAACAUUUACAUCGAGAAAAACAAAGAGACCCACUUCAGAGGCAGACACGAGUUCAUCAAAACCACCUCAUCCUCCUCGCCAUACUCCCGCAUCCCAAGUUAUCGUUACCGUCGGCGACGAUCACGCUCAAGCUCUCGGUCCAGCAACCCGUCGCGUGAGCCGUCUCCAGUUGGGAUGAAGACAGGAGGGGUUAUGGGGAUGGGGGACAUAUCACUGUACUCACUCCCCCGGGACACUUUGAAGGGAGGGGGGAAGAACUCAGGCCACUACAGUCCAGAGCGAGAAAGAGAGGGCUUUCUGCAAGUCCACAACUGCUUUCAAAAAGACCUCAAAGAUGGAGUAAACAGAAGGACCACGCCAGUAUGA